AUGGCCAGGGCUGGAUUUGAGUCGCUGGAGCGGUGCUUGGAGAAGCAUCUGCCACUCGCAGACCUGCAGGAGGUCAAACGCAUUCUCUAUGGCAAAGAGACCAGGAAGCUCGACCUGCCCAGCAGAGCUUUUGAAGCCGCCUCCAAAGGGGACUUUGAGCUGCAGGGCUAUGCCUUUCAGGCUGUGGCGGAGCAGCAGAGGAGGCCCCGGACGGUGCGCAUGGGGCUUGUUCAGAACAGAACCCCCCUCCCCGCGGACACCCCUGUGGUGAAACAGGUCACUGCCCUGCACAGACGCAUCGAGGCCAUCGUAGAGGUGGCUGCCAUGUGUGGCGUCAACAUCAUCUGUUUCCAGGAAGCAUGGACUAUGCCCUUUGCUUUCUGUACGAGAGAGAAGCUUCCAUGGACGGAAUUUGCCGAGUCAGCAGAGGACGGGCCCACCACCAAGUUCUGUCAAGAGCUGGCAAGGAAGCAUGACAUGGUGGUGGUGUCCCCCAUCCUGGAGCGAGACACGGAGCAUGGGGACAUCUUGUGGAACACAGCCGUGGUGAUCUCCAACUCUGGAGCCGUCCUGGGCAAGACGAGGAAAAAUCACAUCCCCAGAGUGGGAGACUUCAAUGAGUCCACAUACUACAUGGAGGGAAACCUGGGCCACCCCGUGUUCCAGACUCAGUUCGGGAGGAUCGCCGUGAACAUUUGCUACGGGCGGCACCACCCCCUCAACUGGCUCAUGUAUAGCAUCAACGGUGCUGAGGUCAUCUUCAACCCCUCAGCCACCAUCGGAGUGCUCAGUGAGUCCCUGUGGCCAAUCGAGGCCAGAAAUGCAGCCAUUGCCAAUCACUGCUUCACCUGCGCCAUCAACCGGGUAGGCGAGGAGUUCUUUCCGAACGAGUUCACCUCUGGGGAUGGCAAGAAAGCUCACCGGGACUUCGGCUACUUUUAUGGCUCAAGCUAUGUGGCAGCCCCUGAUGGCAGCCGCACCCCCGGGCUCUCCCGCAACCGGGAUGGGCUGCUGGUCACCGAGCUCGACCUCAACCUCUGCCGGCAGGUGAAUGACAUCUGGGGCUUCAAGAUGACAGGCAGAUACGAGAUGUACGCACGGGAGCUUGCUGAAGCUGUCCAACCCAACUACAGCCCCAAGAUUGUGAAAGAGUAACAGGCUUCAGCCGCUGCCCGCCAAGGAGGGCACCUCUGCCCACAGCAGAUCAGCCAG